AUCCUAAAGCUACAGUAGCUACAUGACCAUAGAGCUCAUAUCACCUGCUGACUUUCAUACUUAAAUACGUCUACUCCAAAAGAAACCAUGAAGUUGGCUAUUCUGUUCUGCGUUUCAGUCUUCAUUUGCCUCUCUGCGGCAGCACCAGAGCCCAGAGAGGCCAACUGUGACCCAGACGGUAAUGGUUCGUGUACCCGUGAAUACAAUCCAGUAUGUGGAGAGGACAAAAUUUCAUAUCCAACCGAGUGUGUGCUAUGCAAGGAAAACAGGGAUCGUGGCCUGAAUAUCAAGAUAAUGCAUGAAGGAAAAUGUGAGCCUAUCCAGUAAGAAUACCGAAGGCAGCUGAACGUGAUUUUCUAUCAUGGAUUAGCCAGUAUACCUCGAUAAGGUUAUACACUAUUGGAGCGUAAUCAAACACCACCUUGUCAUGUAAUUCCAUGGAAUAAAACAAUCAAGCAUUUCUUUAAUUUGUUAUAAAGUUAUUGAUUAAAAUCUUUACUUUCCAACAAUCAUGUGCUGAUUUUCUUCACCAUUAUGAGCCUGCUUUAAAACGACAUGGAGAUAUCCAUACUUUUUACCAGGGGUCUCAAACCUUUCUGUGGGCAAGGGCUACCACAAUGGUUAAACAAUCUAGAGGGCUACUUUUUGAUAUAGUCUACUCAAAACUUUUUGUGUUUUACUUGUUGAUUUUAUUUUACUUGUUGAUAUGUUAUAUAAAAAAUGUGUAAGAAAUAAAUAUUACAAUUGAGACUAUUAAUAGAAUGUGCUUUGGCGGGCACCUCACAGACUCUGUUUGGGCUACCUGGUGCCCACGGGCACCACGAAGGAGACCCCUGCUUUAUACCACAGUAAAAAAAAAAAAUUCUGGGCCAAUUAAUUUUAUCCAUAAUGUUUUUCAUUUGUUACCAAAUUAUUAAAAACUAUACUUUCAAACAUU